AUGGUUUGGAGGAGUUUACUCUGCAGGCAUGCCAUAAAAAAACCACAUAGGCGCAGCUUAGCUCCACCAUUAUUUUACUCUGAUGUUUGUAAAACUAGCUCCACCACCGCAUUUCCUACAUUUCUUUCAAUUCAUUCUUUUGAUCACAGCUAUGGCUUCACUACCUUCGUGUCGCAUGAAUGCCUGAACUCCAUCUCGUCCUUCUCUAGACACCUUCAUUCUACUGCACUAACUAGACCAAAUAAUUUGGAAUAUGACCCUGAAGUUAGUUCGAAGGUGGAGGACGAGGAGGCAGAUGUAGCAAAAAAUGAGUUUCUGUCACGGUUUGUGUGGAUAAUGCGUAAGAAGCUCGUUGAAGCUUAUCCAGCCUCUGAUAAGCAAACAAUUGAUGGCAUGCUAUUGAUCAUCGUUGGCAAGGUUGUGUCAGAGUUGGAAAAGGGUGGGUUGCAGCCGAUAAUGAAUUCGGCGGUCUCUGCUUCACUACUCCUGAUCGAUUUUAGUGAGGAUUUGUGGAGAACAGUCUGGGAAGUGAGCAAUAUGGUGUUGGCUGAUAUGAAUAAGGAACGGAAGAAGGAAAGGAUCAAGGUUUUUUUGCAGUCCGGAGAAGUUAAGGAGAUGUGCAGGUUUGCUGGCGAAAUUGGUGUUCGUGGGACUUUGCUUAGAGAGCUUAGAUUCAAAUGGGCAUGUGAGAAAAUGGAGGAACAUGAGUUUUAUGAGAGUUUGGAUCGCCUGAGGAAAGAGGCACAACCUGAAGAAACUGUGAGAACAGAUAGCGAGAAGGUUGAUGCUGUUGGGGAGACGUCUAAGACUGUUACUCUCCCCAAGAGGCGGGGGAAGAUAAACUACAAGAUACAUGGGCUCAAUCUCUCUGAUCCUAAGUGGGCAGAAGUUGCUGACAGAAUUCACGAGGCAGAGGAACUCAUUUGGCCGCCUGAGCCAAAACUUGUAUCUGGGAAAGCCAAACUUAUCACUGAUAAAAUUAUUUCAUUAAAUGAGAUGGAUGAUCCGUCUUCAUUGAUAGCUGAGUGGGUAGAGAUUCAUCAACCUAGCAGGAUAGACUGGGUUAACUUACUUGACAAAUUGAAAGAGAAGAAAAUUCCGUUGUACUUAAAGGUAUCAGAAAUCGCAUUGACAGAAAAGUCUUUCCAAACAAAUAUCCGGGAUUAUUCUAAGCUUAUUAGUGUCUAUGCUGAAGAGAGCAGGUAUGAUGAUACUGAGAGGAUUCUCAAGAAGAUGAGUGAAAAUGGUUUUCUUCCAGAUGCUAUAAUAGCCAAUACGUUGAUUCACAUGUAUGCCAAGGCGGGUAAUUUUGAUCGCGCAAAAGAAGCAUUUGAAAGCUUGAGAAGCCAAGGUGUCCAACCAGACAUGAAAAUAUAUAAUGCGAUGAUUAUGUCAUAUGUAAAUGCUGGCCAACCUAAGAUGGGUGAGAUUCUAUUGAGGGAACUGGAGACAGGAGAAGUGAAACCCUCUUAUGAAAUAUACCUUGCAUUGUUCCGAUCAUUUGCUCAUCUUGGAGAUGUUAAUGGAGCUUUACGAAUUUCAACAUCUAUGCAAUUUGCAGGAUUUCAGGCCACAAUGGAGACCUGUACAUUGCUUGUUGAGGCAUACGAGCGUGCAGACAACCCUGAUAUGGCUAGAACUAGCUUUGACUACAUGAUAAAAGUUGGAUUUAAGCCUGCUGACAGGGUUACUGCUAGCAUGAUAUCGGCUUAUGAGAGGAAAAAUUUAUUGGACAAGGCACUAAAUCUUCUUUUGAAGCUAGAGCAGGAUGGGUUUAAGCCUGGGAUUGCCACUAACACUGUUCUUGUGGACUGGUUCGCAAAGAUGCAGCUUGUUGAUGAGGCCGAACAACUUUUGGGGAAAAUUGCUCAGCAGGGCGAGGCUCCUCCUUUAAAAAUUCAAGUGAGUCUUUGUGAUAUGUACGCAAGGUUAGGAAAUGAGAAAAAGGCCCUUCAAGCUCUGGGAGUUCUCGAGGCUAGAAAGGAUCAAUUAAGACAAGAUGAGUUUGAGAGAAUUAUAAGAAGUCUCCUUUCGGGUGGGUUUGUGCAGCAUGCUCGAAGAAUACGAGGAAUAAUGGAGGCACAGGGAUUUACUCCGUCACAGCCACUUGAAAUGGCUUUUAGGGGAGCUGAUCGUGGCGGCAGAAGGCCAGUUUUGAGAUAGUUCAGUUGUGUUGGGAAUGUUCUCUUUCUGGUCUCUUAGUGAUCAACCGAUGCGAUAGCUUGUCAUGGAAGCAACUGGAUG